CAAAAUUGGCUGCCCAUAAAGGUGCUGCUACCUCGGCACCGGGCUGAACACUUUCGCCUGGCAGCGCACAGUGGGGCAGGCACGAUGGGGCUGAAGCCAGGCAGAUGGGCACCAUUGGGGUAUCUCCUCUCCUUGCUCUUCUCUAUCAGCCUGGCGUACCUUCCCACCAGAGAAAACUGCUGCAUAUUAGAUGAACGAUUUGGUAGCUACUGCCCAACAACCUGUGGCAUUGCAGAUUUCUUUAACAAAUACCGUCUCACUACGGAUAACGAACUGCUGGAAAUUGAGAGAAUUUUGCAGCAAGUUACUAACUCCACAGGAAAAGUAGAUUAUUUGAUUCAACACAUCAAAACCCUCUAUCCUGCAGAUAAGCAGCCACAACAACAGUCGGUUGAGGGUUUGACUCAAAAGUCCAAGAAAAUAAUUGAAGAAAUUAUCAGAUAUGAAAACACUAUUUUGUCUCAUGAAAGUACUAUACAACAGUUGACAGAUGCACAUAUAACAAACACCAACAGGAUCGCACAACUGAAACAAAAGAUCACUCAGCUUGAGUCAAGCUGUCAGGAGCCAUGCAGAGAUACUGCUGAAAUACAGGAGACGACUGGAAGAGAUUGUCAAGAUAUUGCAAAUAAAGGUGCCAGAAGAAGUGGUCUUUACUUCAUCAAGCCUCAAAAUGCUAAGCAAUCAUUCCUAGUCUACUGUGAGAUUGACUCAUAUGGCAAUGGCUGGACAGUAUUACAGAGGAGAUUGGAUGGAAGUGAGGAUUUCAGAAGAAAUUGGGUUCAGUACAAGGAAGGAUUUGGACAUCUGUCUCCAGAUGACACCACUGAGUUCUGGCUGGGCAAUGAAAAGAUUCAUUUAAUAACUACACAAUCCACUCUGCCAUACACCCUGCGAAUAGAACUGGAGGACUGGACUGGUAAAAAAAGCACUGCUGACUAUGCUGUAUUCAAAGUGGGAACUGAACAAGACAAGUACAGAUUGACCUAUGCGUACUUUAUUGGUGGUGAAGCUGGAGAUGCCUUUGAUGGCUUUGAUUUUGGAGAUGAUCCAAGUGACAAAUCCUAUACCUUCCAUAACGGCAUGCAAUUCAGCACCUAUGAUAAUGACAAUGAUAAAUUUGAGGGCAACUGUGCUGAGCAAGAUGGAUCUGGAUGGUGGAUGAACAGAUGUCAUGCUGGCCACCUGAAUGGCAAAUAUUAUAUAGAUGGCGUGUACACAUCUCGAGAUUCUGAUCCAGCUGGAUAUGACAAUGGCAUUAUCUGGGCAACCUGGCGUGACCGGUGGUACUCCAUGAAGAAAACUGCAAUGAAAAUCAUCCCAUUCAACAGACUCUCAAUAGAUGGACAGCAACACUCAGGCGGCAUCAAGCAGGUUGGAGACGCAUAAAGGGACAAUUUAGCAAAGACUGAUAUGGACAGGGGAAAUAAAUCUUUCAUCUGUGAGACACUGAACUUAGCUCACCUUCCACAGUUUGGAAGUCAACUUUGUAAAAAGCUGUUGGCUGUAAAAUGCUCAAGCGUUUUCCUUGAGCAGUGCUUACUUCUUAUGUGGUUAUUUUUUCUGUACAAAUUCUCAAUAAAUUUUUGAUUACUACAAAAA